AGAUUGACUUCAAACUUCUCUUUUGAUUCAUUUUCAAAGCAUACACCAAAGCUUUCUUCUGCCAAGCACGACUGGCUCCUUCCCUUCCUCUACCCCUCUCCCCAACCCCGCUUCCCUCUUUCUUGUAAUUUUCCAAAACCAUUCCCUUUUGAUUUGCUUAUAGUAUACGUGUAUAUAUCUUGGCCUUCAAAUACUACGUGUUCAAGGGUAUGCAUAAAGCAGUCUCUAUCAUCAGUUUUCCAGGGAGAAACAUGGGACUCAAAGAUCUUCAUCGAAAGCUCAAGGCAUUUCGGCUAAAACGCUCUCUUAUUGGAAAUUGGCGCAAGAAAAGAACGGCUAGCAUGGCAAAGAAGGCUUCAUGGAUGAUGCCAAUAACGCAUGGAUAUCAUGUCGUGGAGGAUCAGUCGUUUAAAGGUGGUGCAGUUGAGUCAGACUCUGACUCUGUAGUGGUUCAAAGAGAGCAAAUAGCGGAGCUGGAGUUAUGGUAUUUCGGAAUUUCCGAUGCACAAAUUGGACAUGGAGUCAGCAACUAUCUGCAAUCUCACCUGUUUUAUAGGAACCCCAGCGAGUCUCAGAUAACGACAAAGAGCAAGGAGAUGAUGAGAAAAGCGUUUCUUGCUGCAAGAGCAAAGAUCAGGGAGACACAGAAGCCAGUUGAGGCAUUGAAAGCAGGCGCGGCAUCUGUUAUGGUGAUCAACAGAGAGAAGCUUGUGACAGCUAACAUGGGUGACUUCAGAGUUGUAGUGUGCAGAGACGGCGUGGCUCAUCAGAUGAAAAGCAAGCACCAGCAAACAGCCAGAAGGCAUUGGUCUCGCAGGCUCUUUUCCGGACGCAUGUUAUCGUGGAAAUCCAGCGAUGCAGCAAGCACCAAGAAAUCGAAAGGCUCCGAGCUUGCUGUUAGCGCUGAAAGGAUUGACUCUGAUACUGAGUUUGUCAUCAUAGCAAGCACAGGCAUAUGGGAGACUAUGAAUAAUCAAGAAGCAGUGCAUCUCAUCGGGCACUUGGAGGAUCCCCAAGAGGCUGCCGAGUGCUUGGCGAAGGAGGCUUUAACUAGAAUGAGCAAAAGCAACAUUUCAUGCAUUGUUAUUCGCUUUGAUUAAAACAUGUGUUUUCUCCAGAAUCUUGAUCUGGCAGGCACAUAUGCAGCGCGAACUCUUGGAAGCAAUAGGAAAAUAAAAAAUUUUCAAUGAUAGAAAAUCACCGUUUCAGCUUUGUAUGAUAACACAAUAGGCUCCUUGUCAUUUUCCAUUCGACAUGGCAGAAGCAUGCGAUUGACAGUUGUAAUUUAUAAUUUCACUAUCGAAGAAUUUAUACUUCGAAGUUUUUUUUUUUUU